UUUAGCAUUGAGAUUGUCCCUGCUCGGCCCCCGUCGGCCGCCGGGCGGCCGGGCAGGACUGACCUAUGUGUGGCUGGCCAGGAAUCAAGUGAACCAGGGGAUGAUGCCGAAGUUGGAAAACCUGGUGCAGUUUCCUAGUUCUCUUAGAUGGUGGUUCAGCCUGUGUCCGAAGAGAGGAUUUGGGGAACAACGGAGGCCUGUGAAACCAUCCAUUCACCGUGUUGGGACCGCUCAGCAAUCCCCACGACUCUGGCAGACGGACACAUUCAUCAGUGUGGCUUUAUCGCAGUACAGGCUCUUAGCAACAAAAGAAGGCGAAAGAGGCCAGAGAUUGAAAUCGCCGUUGAUCAAACCCAAACAGGAGAAGCAAGAAGUAGAAGUAUGGAUCGGAAUGACUGUAAGAGAGCUUGCCAGAGCUAUGGAUAAAAGCAUAGAUCAUGUGUAUGAAUCCCUGUGGAAUACUUCUGUUGAAGAUUUCCUAAGACCCAAUUUUCCUUUGGAUGAUAUAUGGAUCAAGGAAGUUAUAAAAAAAUCAGGAAUGAAACAUAAAUGGACAAAAUUAAAAAAGGUCAAAGUCAGAGAAAACAAAGAUGCUGUGAGGAGGCCCAAGGCAGAUCCAGCUUUAUUAGUCCCGAGAUCCCCAGUUGUUACGAUAAUGGGCCACGUUGAUCAUGGGAAAACCACUCUGCUUGACAAGCUGCGAAAAACUCAAGUGGCGGCAAUGGAAGCCGGAGGCAUCACUCAGCACAUCGGUGCCUUUCUUGUUUAUUUACCUUCGGGGGAAAAGAUAACCUUUCUGGAUACUCCUGGGCACGCUGCCUUUUCAGCAAUCCGGGCAAGAGGGGCACACGUCACUGACAUUAUCAUUUUGGUGGUAGCAGCAGAAGACGGAGUCAUGAAACAAACUGUCGAGUCUAUUCAACAUGCCAAAAACGCCCAAGUUCCACUCAUCCUGGCCAUAAAUAAAUGUGACAAACCUGGAGCCGACCCUGAAAAAGUGAAGAAAGAGCUGCUGGCAUACGAUGUGGUCUGUGAGGAGUACGGGGGUGAUGUUCAAGCCAUUCAUAUUUCUGCACUUAAGGGUGACAAUCUGAUAGCUUUGGCGGAGGCAACAGUUGCUCUAGCAGAGAUGUUGGAAUUGAAAGCAGAUCCCACUGGGCCAGUGGAAGGAACAGUAAUCGAAUCUCGGACGGAUAAAGGAAAAGGUCCCGUCACUACAGCCAUAAUCCAAAGAGGGACUUUAAGAAAAGGUUCAAUUCUGGUUGCUGGAAAGAGCUGGGCAAAAGUGCGCCUAAUGUUUGAUGAAAAUGGAAAAACAAUGAAUGAUGCUUGCCCGAGCACACCAGUAGAAAUUACAGGUUGGAGAGACCUUCCUUCAGCAGGAGAAGAAAUUCUUGAAGUAGAAUCUGAGCAAAGAGCCCGUGAAGUUAUUGACUGGAGAAAGUAUGUUGAAGACCAGGAAAAAAUGAAAGAGGAUAUGGAAACGAUCGAAGCCAAACGAAAAGAACACCAAGAGUCCCAUAGAAGAGAACGUGACAAGUUUGGCGUUAAGAAUUGGAGAGAGAGACAUUUUAUGCAGUACCAAGCGAUGAAAGGAGUAAAACUAGUUCGACCCAAAGAGAGGAUAGAGAGCAACUCUAACAAACUCACUGUGGUUAUUAAAGGUGAUGUGGAUGGAUCAGUCGAAGCCAUUUUAAAUAUUAUAGAUUCCUAUGAUGCUGCAGAUGAAUGUGAACUGGAGCUAAUUCAUUUUGGAGUAGGCGAUAUUAGUGAAAAUGAUAUUAACCUUGCUGAAACAUUCCAAGGUGUUGUAUACGGCUUUAGUGUCAAUGCAGGCAAAGACAUUCAGCAGUUAGCUGUGAAAAAGGGAAUAAAAAUUAAACUUCACAACAUCAUCUACCGACUUAUUGAAGACCUACAAGAAGAACUGAGCAGCCGGUUGGCUCCCUCUGUGGAAGAAAAUGUAAUCGGUGAGGCAUCUGUGCUGGCUACCUUCUUUGUGACAGUAGGAAAGAAACAAGUUCCUGUGGCAGGUUGCCGAGUCCAGAAGGGACAACUGGAGAAAAAGCUGAAGUUCAAGUUGGUCCGAGGAGGAAAUGUUAUUUGGAGAGGGCAUUUAUCUUCAUUAAAGCACCAUAAGGAUGAUGUUCCAGUCAUAAAAACCGGCAACGACUGUGGUCUCAGUUUGGAUGAAGACAUAGAGUUUAACAUCGGAGAUGAAAUCAUUUGCUAUGAAGAGAAAGAGGUGCUACAGAAGAUCUCUUGGAAUCCAGGGUUUUAAGUCUUUGAGACAUAAUGCUCUAAGAGCAUCUAAGAGCAUUUCAAUUCAGUGUGCUCUUUGUGUGGAUUCAGCAAGGCAGCAGCCCUCUCACCAAAUAGGACACCGAUCCGGUUAAAGGUCUGAGUGUGUUGUGGUUGCCUGCCCUGGGUCUAGCCAGAGACCAAAGGCAUUCAGAGAAAAUGGACCCAGGAGUCUAUGCUUGAUACCAGUCAUAUCUUAAAUGUCCUUGAAAAACUUAAAAUGACACUGGAAAAAACCUGCAUGCGGUGGCUUUGGCAUUCUUUUAAAUAUUGUAUAAGUGUUAGUGAAAGGAAAUGGGCCUCUAAUCUGGAAAGUGGAAAAAUCUGAAGCACCUUGUGUAAAUCAAAAAUAUCAAAGCCACUUAUCUAAUGAUGGAAUUGAGUGGAUAUAAAACUGUCAUGUGGAAAAUGUU